AUGAAGCUAUUGAUUCUGUUUCUCCUCACUUUGUUCUUGGCAUCGUUUUUUUCUAUUUCCUCCGCUUCAUGUUCAAACUUUAACUUCCCAUCAUUUGCGACAUGUUCUAAUCUUCCAGUCUUGAACUCUUUUCUCCACUGGACCUAUAACCCAUCUUCCAGAACCCUAAAAGUAGCUUACCAACACACCGUGGAUUCUUCGCCGACAUGGGUUGCAUGGGCUAUUAAUCCCACGUCAAAAGGGAUGGUGGGUUCCCAGGCGAUCAUUGCAUACCCUAAACCUGAUGGAAGUAUGAAUGUCCACACAUCACCAAUCAAUAGUUACGACACAAAGUUGCAACAAGGCAAUCUUAGUGUACCCGUAUAUGAUUUAUCGGCCUCCUAUUCCAACAGUGAGAUCACAGUUUUUGCUACUUUUGUACUUCCUAGCAAUACCACUAGUAUAAACCAUGUUUGGCAAGAUGGUCCUUUACUUGGGACUACUCUUGGAAUGCAUGGUGUUUCACCAGAUCAUCUUCAAUCCACGGGGAUGCUAAACCUUUCUUCCGGACAGACGGUGACCUCGAAAGGAGGGAAAAACUCAAAGAUCAUCUUGCGGAAUGUUCAUGGACUUGUAUGUGCAAUCAGCUGGGGGAUGUUGAUGCCAAUUGGAGUUAUGGUAGCUAGGUACUUGAAGGCGUUCCAACCAAAAUCAAGCACAUGGUUCCGCCUUCAUCGUGGUUUGCAGUCCUUCGCCUUCCUGCUCGGCAUAGCCGGAUGGGCAACUGGUCUUUAUCUUGGCGUCACUUCUCCUGGUGUUCAACAUAAGAACCAUAUGGCCAUUGGCACCACCAUCUUUGUCCUUGGACUGUUUCAGGUUUUUGCUCUCUGUCUACGGCCCAAGCCGGACCACAAGUACAGAUCUUACUGGAACAUGUAUCAUCAUAUUGUUGGAUAUGGAGUUCUGGGUUUGAGUGUGGCCAAUAUCUUUAUAGGAUUCAGCAUCCUACAUCCCGGACAAAUAUGGAAGAUUUCCUACUAUGUCACACUUGCCCUUCUCAUAGUUUCAGCGCUCCUAUUGGAACUUUUUUCUCAGGUCAAAACGUACAUGCAAGCCAGGAAGAAGCCAAAUCAAGAGAAUAUUGGUGCUUGA